AUGGAUUGGGGAAGGACACGCCGAAACCAAAAAAACGACGAAAAAGAGCCUCCAAAACAGAAAAACACGACGACAGCCAGAGACAGCAGCGGCAAAGUGGACCAGGACAACAUGGCGCCUGCGGACAUAAUUAAGGCAAUCAACGAUCUAAAAACUGAUCUAAAAGGCGACAACAACACUCUGCGACAAGAAAUCACACAUCUUGGACAAGAAAUCAACGGUAAACUGGAUAUGCUGGGGGCAGAAGUCCGUAACCUAUCGGACCGAGUAGAGGAGGCAGAGUCGCGGGUGGAGACGGUGGAGAGAUGGGCGGCUGAAUCAACUGAGGCCUUGACCUCCUGCCUGAAACAGCAAAAAGUCCUGCAGCAAAAACUAAACGAUUUAGAAUCACGAUCGAGACGCAAUAACCUCCGCAUCUUCGGGGUGGCAGAAGGAGAAGAGGGGGAAACUCGGCACAGGAGUUUGUCGAGGCGCUACUCCGGAGCAAACUACCGAUCCCGGCCGACAUGGAGCUAAAGAUCCAGCGCGCACACCGAACCGGGGCUCAGAGGCCAGCUCCAGACAAACCCCCGAGGGCAUUCAUCGUCAAUUUCCAGGAGUUUACGACCAAAGAAUGGGUGUUAAAGGAAGCCUGGGGGAAAAACAGAACGGAAAAGAUCCAGCUGAAUAACAAGCCCCUCUAUUUUGAUCACGAUUACACUGCAGAGGUGGUGAAGAAACGCAGAGAAUAUAACGGGAUUAAAAAGGCACUGAAAGUGAAAGGAGUGCGUUUCCAAACACCUUAUGUCAACAUGCGCAUCCACUGGGAGACGGGAGCCCGGCUAUACGGCAGCGCGGAGGAGGCGAGAGAGGAGCUGAGGAGACGCGGGAUCACCGUGGAGGAGGCGACGCCGACCAACGGGGAGACCGACUGGGGAGCGCGCCUGGGAGAGCUGCUGGGGUCGUGGCAGAGAGUAACGGGAUCCCUCGGGGCAGAGGACGACGUGACCCGGAGAGCGCGGUAUAAACUUCAGAGUUUCCAGAGUGAUAACACUGCUCAGAGAGACGAACCCCAGCGCAAGGGAGGUAAAAUAAAGAAGUAG